AUGAAGGGCGCAGCCCGCCCAGUAGCCGUACAAGUGGGGGAUCAGAGGAACAAGGGCGCAUCUUGGGCAACAAGUUCGAGCUCAAUCCAUCCUGUUUGGCUGCUUGGUUUUCGGAAUGUUGCUUUCUGCACCUUACUAGGAUUGAUUCUUGCUGAUACUAUUCUCCAUGGUGUUGGCAUAUUCUACUACUACACGCAGUGGACAUUCACAUUGCUCACCAUCUAUUUUGGGAUGGCUUCAUCUCUCUCCAUCCUCGGAUGUCGCAUUAAAAGGGAGACAAAGGCGGAUCAUUCCAUCGUUGCAGAUACAGAGCAUGGCCUAUUUAUAUGUGCUGGGGCUGUCAUGCUCACUGAUUCAGUGUAUUGGCUCGUACUGUACAGCAAAGAAGACAAUAUAUCCUUUCUGGUCGUUUGUAUGCAUUCCGUCAACGCAGCUGGUAUUCUCGGAAAGCCCUUUUCUCUUUCUUUACUUGGACGAGAGCCUGCAAACCAUACAGAAUUGGUCGUAAACCUAAGUUUGCUUCGAAGAUUUAUCGACUAA